AUGGCCCAGUCGCGGGAGUCGCAACACGCAUUGCUGCCCGCAGAGGAGGAUUUGGUUACCGUCCAUCCCCAGCAUUCAUGGGGUCCUCUUGGUCGCGCAUUGUCGUCCGAAGACACCGCCUAUUAUUCAACUCUCGGUGAGCCGGGGAGCUUCUCUGAAGAAGUGCUUCGAGAGGUCGGCUUGGGCAUCACCAACUCUGCCGAGGAGACAUAUCCUCCCCGAAAAAGGCUUGACUCGCGAUCGAGCAUCGAGAGCCAAACCACGACGACCCCGGGAUAUCUGAAAACACCGCAAGGAACCCCCGCCAUUUCCGUGCCCCCGGGGAACUGUCCCAGUCGAUCCACCGUCCUUCAAAGGCGAUUCUCCUGGGUUCCAAUCACGAUCUUCAUACUGGCCUUCUAUGCCACUGUUUUCUCGGGCAUCUAUCUGGCCGUAGCAUUCUGGAAGCCGAGAUGGACAACAGUAAGUGCCGAUGGCCCAGUGGCGCCCUCAACCGCCAACUUGCUGUCCGCUUUCUUUGCGAAGACCAUCGAGUUGGCCUAUGUCACAAUCUGCGUUGCAUUCCUGGGCCAAGUACUCAGUCGACGGGCGAUGGUGAAGGAUUCGCGUGGCAUCAGCAUUUCGGAUAUGAGUAUGAGGGCCUGGAUCAUGCAACCUGGCUCAAUGAUCGUUCACUGGGAGACUCUACGACACUCUGCACUCACCUUUCUAGGACUGAUCGCGUUGAUUGCCACCCUUGUGGCCAUGCUAUAUACCACAGCUGCAGAAGCACUGGUCUCGCCAAAGCUUUCAAUGGGUCCAUGGGAAGAUAAGACGCUAUUUGGCAAGGUGUUUGCCAGCUUUGGCAACAUCGAUUAUCUAUCCUUGAACUGCCAGACUCCAAUCACCGAAGCCAUGGAUCCCCUUGCUCGCAAUGACACCUGUCUUCAGUUGGAGCAUGUCGGUCAGGCGUAUCAUAACUACCAACAAUGGCUCUCGAAAUGGAGCAGUGUUAUCGCCAGUGGGAACGAGACGUCUGAACAACUCGGCAAGCGUCCAAAGCCACUGGGCUCUCUAUGGGACAACACCACGAUCACAGGAAGCUGGAUCGAAAUCAAAGACAUGGAAGAACUCUCUUCAAAGUACGGACGAAUGGUGAACAACAUCACCAUGGCCAUGCCUCAUGGGGGGAUUCCAAUCGCCGCCAUGGAUGCGCAAAACGAGAUACGGCAACCGCAAGAGGCCUCGGGUGAGGGUAAAUACAGCAUUGAGGCAUCGGUGCCCUCUCCCACUGUCAAUGUGCUUUGUGUGGGCAUGAAUAAAACCGAGCUUGCGCCAAUGAUCUACUCCGAAUGGCCGAACAGCCAUUUCAAUGCCACCUCAUACAGCGUUUCUCCGCCGGAUGAUAUCCCCCGUAUCCCCUCUUGGCUCAACAAGACAGUCGUCGACGAUCUCUUUGGGUUUGGCGAGAAGUUCGGCCAACGGCCUCCAGUAUUUGGCACAUUACCCGGGGAGAACAACACAAUCCUGAACACAACAGGAGUAUGGCCUACCAACGCCAUCUAUCUUCUCGGCAACACCAGCGUCUCCAAUCCUCCGUACGUGGUGUGCGCGAUUCGCGCCAAGCUAACUGGCGUCUGCUCAACCCGCUAUGACGCCGCCUCAAGCGGCGCCUUCCUGAGCACAAACUGCGAGGACGAUUCCAACCCACUACAGUUCAACCACAGAGACAAAGGCUUCAUCGAAGGCGUAUGGGAAGCAGACUGGAAAAACGUCGCCUCCGAGUGGGCCAGCUCGCUCAGUCUUGGCUCCGGCAUCACAAAUUCGCAAGCCGCCAACGAGCGCCUUCUGAUGCAGAUGAUGCCCGCCUACAACGCAACCUCGCGCGCCUACUACCUCAACCCGGACCUGCCUUCCGUCGGCGAAGCCCUCGCCGUCAUGGCUGGCAGCACGCUGAUCAUGUCCUCUCAGAACUCGCCCUUCGUGCAGGGCUGGAACUACACGGUCCCCGAUGAUAUCCUCCCGGAACCCGUAUACCAGACCUUUGCGGCCGCACUGCAAGCUGUCAGCUAUGCCUCCGGCGGCACCGAGCGCUGGCAGAAUGUCUUCUACGUGAUCCUGCUCUUCUGCUUCCUAACGUCCGCCGUGUGUUUGGGCUUCGUGAUCGUCGAGGCCCGCGGCCACCAGGUCACUGACUUCACUGAGCCGCAGAACCUGUUCGCACUGGCUGUCAACAGUCCCCCGUCAUCGCGGCUAGACGGCGCUUGUGGCGGCGGACCGGUGGGCCGCCAGCUCAAAGAGAGGUGGUACAUUGGUAUGGAGGAGGCGGACGCGCACUAUUACAUUCGGGCGAAACUAGACGGCACGAGCCCGUAUAAUCAUGCCCAGUCGACGGCGUACCAAGGUGUGGGGCAGAUGGACAUGGAAUAUUACAAUGGGAAGCCGCUCAGUCCGGCGGUUGAUGAGUUCCGGCGCGUCUCAAAGAGGGGGUCGAUGUUGUCAAGGUUCUACUGA